AUGGCGGAGAGCGACGUGAGGAAGGGAUGCACGGCAAGAAAAGGGGGACACGCUAAGCAAGUGCACGUGUGUGGUUCUCAGAUAGCCUCUUUUUCGAUCCAAAUCUUCCUGGUCACGUUCAUCCUGCUGGACACCGUCUAUGUGGGCUUUCUGAUCAAGCAGGGGGGGCUGAGGUACUUUGGCUACGGGUGGAACUGCGUGGAAGUCAUUAAUUUGGUAAACAAAGCCACCGUGAAUGCCCCGUCCACACAUGCAGGGGCAUACUUGGGCGAGAUUUGCUGUCUUAGGUGUUGUUCUACAUCUUGAUUGGCCUCCGCAUCCAUGUAUACAUCUACUCUAGCAGCGAUCUGGGUCAGACGGAGAAAUCGUGUGAGCCCUGGGUAAACCUGCCCUGCAUGUAUAUGUGUCUCGUGUCUGUAGGCUUGCGUUCCAAUAGUGUGUCGGAUCCGUAUGAGUUUCGCCCUUACUCAUCCGGUAAGAAUGGCGCUCCUCUCAUCGAUGGCCGAAUGGCCGUGUGUCUCCUGCAGUGAUCCAGUACAUCCAGUUGUAUUCGCGUCUCAUUGCCUUCAAUGCCGUGCUCAUGUGGUCAGCGCCAGCAGACAGGAUGUGUGCGUAUUUGGAAGAAUGCCUUUCUUUAUGUGUGCGUGCGGUUGGUGCCUGCAGGAUGAAGCUUUAUAAGUACAUGGCUCUAUUCGGCGUCUUUCGGUCACUCAUCAGAGGUGGGAGGCUUGGAAACGCCGCCACCUCUGUGCAUCCUUGCAGACUUCAUGUCUUUAUCUCCCUCGCAGCGCUUGAGCACGUUGUGCGUGAGUUGGUUGGCUUUCUGGUGCUCUUCUUCUGCGUUCUUUUUGCUUAUGCUGUAAGGAUGAGAACUAAUCCGAUGCGCGAAUGGCUUUAUGUGUGUGCUUUCCUUCUGAUUCGGUUGCAGCUGGCUCUUUAUGGCGGUUUUGCUGAAGCUUCAGAGAAAUUUGCUACUCUUGACAGUAAGCGCAGGGCACCGUGGCCUUUGCAGGCAUUCAUUAUGUGUGGACACGUGUGUGCAGAUUGUUUCUUCUCGCUGUUCUUCAUGUUGCUGGGCAAGUAUGAGCUCACGCCUCUGUAUCAGGCGCAUAGAUUCUUUGGUCAGCACCGGACCUAUUGGUUGAUGCAUGUGUCCGUUGAACUGCUCUGUCUCCCGGUGUGCAGGUCCCCUGCUGUUCUUCACCUUCUUGCUGAUCGUGUACUUCCUGCUGUUCAAUCUUGUGGUGGCCAUCGUCAUCGACACAUACACACUGGUUGGUACACACAAAAGGGCAGUAAGGACGGCGCCAAGGCACCUGGAGUGUGUGCUGGUCGUCUUCAGAUCUCCGUGUUGAUGGUGAGCGACCAGAAACACGACCCAAUGCUGGUCUUCUUCUAUGUGUACUACCACAAAGUACGCACGCAAAGCCCUCCCACAUAACAUGCACCUACCAAGAGCAGCCAUGCAUGGCCGUGUCCCUCUCCUUGCCUGUCCACCAGGUCCGCGGCAUCGACCUCUUCUGGCUGCACGCCGAGGAGCUGGGUGGCCCCGGCGACCAGAAGAUCAAGCUGACUAAUCUGCCUGGUGUGGUGAUUAAGAAGUACCUCGAGAGAAGUAACAAGGGGCACGACAAGGGGUACGAAGUAACAGAGGGGCCGGAUGUGGAGGACGUCGACCCCGAUGCGCUGGAGAAAAUCGAAGUCGACAGAGUGCAGCUGCAGGUAGUGGGGCAACCAACACCAACACACGUGGAGGGGGUGAGACGGAUACACAUUAUUUCGACAGAAACUGUUGGAUGAGAAUCCCCUCCUCGUUCAAAUGCUGGAGACGGACAACGCUGCCAAGGUAGAAACCAUCCGCCACCGAUUUGUCCAUUGGUGGCUGUGUUUGUGUCAUGUGUAUCCAUCCUCAGGUCAUUCGCCGAUUCAAUGAACGCGCAAAGCAGCCCCUGACAGAAAUCACAGAGCUGCAGGUCAGGCGCCCGGCUGUAUUGAGCUGUCAAUCGUCCGUCUCUCUCUCUCUUUCUCCUGUCCUUGCUGUCUGUGUGCCCACAGGAGCGUGUGUAUCGGAAGCUGGAGAGGCUGGAGAAGUCGGGCAUAGCAUUGGAGUACAGCGAGGUGCCGGCCGUGGAGUCCGUCAGGAAGGGCCUCUCGGAGCAGCUGCAGCGCCUGCAAGCCAAGUGGAAACAAGAGCUGGCAGGUCAGCAAGGGAUGGAGCGAGGGAGCGACGGAGCGACAUCGCGAGAUCCGUGUUGUUGUCUGUGCAGAUGUGUUGAGGACGGCAGCACAGGCGUCUGCGGGGCUCAUCGAUCUGACAAAGGUAUUGAAGCAUCCCAUGCCUGUCCGUCUCAGACAGGUGGACGUGUGUUCAUCUUGGCCCAUCGGUCAGGCGCUGGAAAACGUACAGAUGAAUCACAACACGCUUGUCCGAGAGCUGGCGUCAGCCGAGGACGAGGAGGCGUGAUGAGUUAUGACAUUGUGAUGCAUGUGUGUUCUGGGCGUGUGUGGUAGUGGGAAAAAGUGGUCGUUAACGGUCUUGGCCAG